AUGGCGGCCUCGACUGCUGCGGACUCACCGGCAGUGAUAAUACCUGCCCAGGUCGGCUUCCUGGCCAUUUUCAACCCCAGCCUGGGUAACACAGACGAGACUCUUGACGACCAGAUCGUCUACUAUGCGUCCGUGGACACCCAGACUCAAAAACGGAAACGUCAUCGAAAAGCACGCCCCACCGAGAAUGUGUCCCAGGCGGAGCGCAACGAGAGGCUGAGGCAAAUUGGCCUCGCCCAGGGCAUGGUUAGCUUCAGCAAGGACUUUUCAGACGACCAGGCCGUAGACUCGAUUGAAACGGAGAAGACGAGGGUAGUUCUCCACGAGUUGGAGCCUGGCUGGUGGAUCUUGGCCAGUAUUGACUUGACGCGCCUACCACUUCCGCCACCGAAGUCUGCGAAAAAGCAAGGCGACGCUGUAGGUUCUGCGGAGGAGCAGUAUGAACACUCCUCGCGAGAGGUCAAACCCGCGACCCUGCUGCUCCAGGACAUGCUCAGGGCGCACUCUGUCUUUUUGCUUCAUCACGAUUCUUCUCUGAGUUCAUUGUUCAUGAGGCUCAAAAGGGCCAAAUUCACAGCAACUCUGUCGCGGUAUUGGGACCUAUUUCUCUCUACUUGGAACGUUUUGCUUCAUGGAAACCCUGUCCAGAACAUCUUUGGGGGCAUCAAAAUUGCUGCCAGUGGCGAGUUGGGCAUAGGAGUCGGCGAGGAAGAGCGCGGAAGCGGCGAGCGAGAGGUUCUUGAGGGCUUUGUUGAGAGGACAGAAGGACUUGUCGAUAUCAUCGUGUCCAAGUUUGGCGACAACAAGCCCGAGGAAUCUCCCAAAUCAUGGGAGAGAACGAAACAAGGUCAGCAACCCUCCCCGCAAUGGUUGGGUGCUACGAAGGAGCCCGGAGCCGAGGACGGCGCGGUAUUCUUGGGAGUGGGAUCUCUGUCCAGAAAUUCCGUACGCGACAUUACGCAUUGGGUGGAAGACAUAUACACGUGGGGUGAAGAUGCGUAUGGAGUUCUCGACAGUCCGAAAGCCAACCGCCGAUCAAGGAGGGAGUCCCGCGUGUCGGAAGAACGUCCGAGGAAGUCUACCUCAGAACGGCCUAUGCAGCCACCUCCGAGUCUUAUAAACCCCAAACGGCGCUCGAAACCUGCAGUCGCCAGUCCUCCACCUCAACAACGUAACGCGCCAGCGGGCUCUAAGGCAAGUUCGGAGACGCCAUCUGCCGCGGCUGAAGAGGAAACCGGCGGGAUUGAGAAAUACAUGGACUACCUGAAGCUGGGCUACGGCAAGUACUGGAGCCUCGGAGGAGAUUCUGAAAGCAAGGAUGGGACCAAGGACAGCCCAAGCUCCCCGGCAAGCCAGCCUUCUAAGGGUGAUGACUCUGUUGGACACUUUCUCAUCGGUCUUACGGGCGAGGUCGAGGAAGGCUGGGUUACUGAUCCCGAGCAAAGGCGAUUAGCGGACCGCCCUUGGGAUGGAGACUCAAACCCACGUACUGUCCUCAGGACAGUGACUGUGGAACUGGAGACUAAUGUUUCCGAGAAAUCAGAAACAUACAUGUCAAAAGUUCUCGGCAGUCAUGACACUGAGCUCUCCUCUACAGACGCUGCGACAGGCACAUCGUUCGACAAUCAGGACAGAAACAAAACUCACAAGCUUCGCGUGGUGGUCUACGUCAUCAAGCCAUUCAUCUUCACAUUCUUGUUCGAGCUCCGGACAGAGUCGCUGGCUUUUGAGUCGCUCUACCGCUCAUUACAUCACCAGAUCUCACCGCUGCGGAAGGCACUCGGGAACUCGACAGCUUACAGGCCGGAGAAACCGAGUGCAGGUAGCGCGUCCGCGGCGAUCUAUGAUCUUGUGUGGGACCCGAAGGACAAGACUGUGCAUUCUACGAUACCCAACAUCCCUGACGCGGCAGAGAUGUAUAGCAGUGGAGACCAGCCGCCCUGGUCGCGCGUUGAAGCACUGAACACGCACAUGCAGAUCCUAAACUUAUACAAGGCAACCAGGGCCGAUCUGUCCGAGCUGGAGCGGACGGGCAAGACCAGCCGUGGCUGGUGGAUCGUCUGGAGCCGUAUCCUGGAGAGGAAGCCGGAGGCAUCGUCGUCAUUUGAAUUCGACAGAGCAUCUUCCAAGGAUUCUGACAGCAGGGAUGAGGAGAGCAAUGAAGGCACAAGUGACGAGGCGACACACUCGUCGUCACAGACAUCGACUGUCAAGGAGCUGCCGCUCAUGUCUGUCAGCAAGGAGAUCUUCCUCAUCAGAAAGGCUAGUGACCACGCCGGGCACGGUAGGAGCGUGAGCCUCACCGGGGUUGCGGCCGGCGGGGGCUGGGCGGAUGGGGCGAGUCGGCUGGCGCAAGGGAUCGGCGUUGAUACCAGGAAGUAUAUCGAAGGGUUGCUCAGCAUGAACCGGUAA